CGAUAGUGCGCAGGGGGAAUAGGAAGCAUAGGCGCCUAGCAACGGUUGCUAACAACAUUCCCUGAGGACGUUUGGACCAGAGUGGGACAUUUACCGGGCUAUGAUUAUUAUAAAAAUUUAUUUAAAUAACUUUUAAAGUGAGUGUAACUUGUCAUCAUGCCUCGUGGAAGAUCAGCGAUAAGUGUCCAGUCCGAGUCCAGUGAAGUGGAUGUUGAUGCCCAGGCAGAGACAGAGAUGGGGAAGCUGCAGACGCAGUUUCGCGUCAUGGAAAGCAAUCGUCAGGCCUGCAGCAUCCAAACACAGGAUCGUAUUCGCAAACAGAGUCUGGAGAUAGAGAAACUGCGUCAAGAGCAUGAGGAACUGCAGAAGAACCUGCGUGUGUCUCAAAGCCAGUCUCACAGACAGGCAGACAGCACUGUCACCCAGCAGCUCCAAGCUCUUCUGACCCGCCGUGACGAGCUCGACGAGCAGCUGGAGAAGGAGAAGCUCAGUCAAGCGGAGCUCGAGCGAGAGGUCCAGUGUGUUCAGAAGAAAAUGCGGGAGCUACGAAAAGGAGAUGUUCGGAACUCUGCCAAAGAAAAGCUUCAGACAUGUCAAAUAGACAAGGCCACUCGCAACCUGGAAAAUAAACUGGACCGGGCUCUCGUUUGCUUCAACGAGCAUCUGGCGAAGAACAACCAGCUGAGGGAGGAACUGGAGAAACUGCGUUUGGAGCGUGUUCGCUUCCAGGAGCUGCACAACAAACUGGACAUGGAGCUUCAGAAAAUCCGACACCAGAUUAAAAAUGUCAUCGGCCUGUCAACAGCUGCUUAUGACGCCAGAGUGGAGGCUCAGACGAAGAUGACGAUGAUGAAGGAGAAGGCGGUGAAGGACCUGGAGCAGCACAACACUGAGAUGAAGGAACUAGAGAGGCUGAUCGCACAAGAGCAGCAACUUAAAGACUUCAUGACUACUAAGUGCAACGAGAGGACGGGACUGGAUGACGCACUCAGUCACAGUCAAGAGCUGAAGGAGCAGAGGAAGACCGAAUCCGAGGUGGCGGCGGAGACUCUCAGGGAAGUUUUCCAGCAGCUCCAGAAAGUCACCAACGAGGACGAUUUGGAAACCAUAGUCACCAAAUUUAUCCAGGGUGAAGACAGAAACUUCGCUCUCUUUAAUUACGUGAACGAACAAAACAACCAGGCUGAAGCUCUGAAACAGGAGAUCAGACAAAUCAAACAGGAGAUGGAGAAGUUCCAGGAGGAGGGUCUACUGCAAGAGCAGGAUCAUGAAACCAACCUCCAGCAGAUGGAGGAGCAGAAGAGAGACACCGAAGCUCAGGCCCUGGAUUUUGAGGGACAGGCUAAGGAGAUCAUCGAUAUCUUAGAUCAGAUAAAGACAGGAGUGAGCAACUUGUUCAACAAGAUCAAAUGCGACCGUGCUGCGGUGGACGAUUUGCUCGGUUCCUCGACUGGAAUCACAGACUCCAACAUCAUGACAUACCUGAGUCAGGUGGAGCAGAAGACCAACGAGCUGCUCACCGCACAGGCCUUCAUCGCCUCCAAGGACCUGGAUAAGGAUUACGAUCUGAACCUGGCGCCUCAGGUGCUGCUUGGACAGAGCUCCCAGAUGCAGAAACAAGCUCCUGUCGUUCAGACUUUAGUUCCAGGGGACGACUGCGACAUCGAAGAGAGCGAUUUCUUGCAUGAGGAAGACCGACCUUUGACCCAGGAAGAACUUCGGCAGCGCAUUUUGAAAAAGGAGGAAUCGAUGCAGGCUGAGAAGAGCAAAGAGCCCAAGUCUGUCAAACUCAGUGCUCGGUCCAGUCUGUAACCAGCACCAGGACUUCGCACCGAUACGUGAUCACGACUAGUGCACAUGUGUAUCAUGAGUCUGGUGUAAAAAUACAAAACCGCAUUAAAAUUCUGUGUGAUGAAUAAAUCAUUUUUAUAUGUA